AUGCGCUUCAAAAGCCAGCUCACAAACGUAGCUACGUUCUCCAAAUUCACGGCCUCCCUAUCGUCACUUGGCAAGGUCUGCUGGGUGAGGCUGGAAGAUGAGAUAGUUCGCUUCUCCAUCGUUCCUGACCAGGGGACUCAGGUCUGGGCUCAACUACCGAUUGACACUGUCUUCGAUUCAUAUUCUAUUUCUUCGGUUGCAAAGGUCAUCAAUCUGGAGGUGCCAAUAGGUGCCCUCCAUCGUGCGCUAAAAUCAGCCACUGGCGCUACCUCUGCACAACUACGGUUAACAAAAAAGGGGAACCAGCCCCUGCUCGCCCUGACGGUGGUGACUUCGUCAUGGACACCUGGGAAAAACGCGCUGGGGGUCGAUGAGGCGCGAGGAAACGCUGCAGGCAACACCCAGAGUCUCGAAGACGGCGGUGCUGCGUUGACCGGAAUACCUGCUGCUGAACUCCUACAAGAUGGGCCCAGGGAGCGUGAGACGAUCGUCACACAGGAAAUACCCAUUCGCGUCCUUCAUCCAUCCACGGUCGAAGGACUGCACGAACCACGUUGUCGCGAUCCGGACGUUCACAUAAUUCUCCCCAGCCUCAUACAGCUAAAAAGCAUAUCAGAGCGUUUCACAAAGCUAGCCACGGACACUACGUCAAGCAAAUCGGGAAAUGUCAAUGCAAGUGGCAACGGCAACGCGGCGGGCCUAGUGGGUGGAAGUCAUAGCAGCGGGCCCAAGUUGGAACUUAGUGCAAAUAUGCACGGUUCGUUGAAACUGGCGAUUGCUACUGAUGCGCUUCGCAUUUCUAGCGUAUGGACCAGUCUGGUGAACCCUCCGCUUGAUCCGGCACACAUGUCCCAGAACGAGAUUGCCCAGCUCCCCAGUGAACGGAUGCGAGCCCGGGGUGCGGAUGGCGAGGAAGGAUGGGCCAAAGUGAGGAUUGAUGGGAAAGAUUGGGGCCGUGUAUUGAGUGUUGGGAGGUUGAGUCCAAAAGUCGUUGCCUGUGAGUGCUCAUCAACCUUCAGCUUGAUGUCUACCGUCUCUUGCUGA